AUGAUGCCGAGGAAGCUAACAAACUAUUAUUGGCGCCUGGUUUCUCUCUCCUUGUGUUUGUCCAUCUUUGAUUUGAAUGUCAUCGAAAGUUGUGCAUCCUCCACCUCCAACUCUGGUCUUCCUCAACAAUUUGAACAAUUUGAAACAAGAGAUAGGCCUUUCUGGAGGGCGUGCACGCCACACCCUUCCUUGUGCGUGUGCCAACCCUGUCCCUUCACUAUGGCACUCCCCACUUCUCUGACUCCAUUUUCAUUUCUCCUAUCAUCAUCAUUAUUAGCACACCUUCUCCUCCGCAUCGUCACUGCUUCAGAAACAGAAUUGCUCCUUCAAUUCAAGGACUCCAUCGAAAACAACCAUGCAUUGUCUUCGUGGAAUCAAUCCAUCCCUUCAUGUUCAGGUGAAAAAUCUAAUUGGCCUUACGUUCAGUGUUACAAGGGACACAUUUGGGGAUUGACGCUCGAAAACAUGAAUCUCAAAGGGGUUGUUGACGUCCAAACCCUCAAAGAGUUACCAUAUCUCCGAACCUUCAGCCUCAAGAACAAUGAUUUUGACACUUCCUGGCCUAAUAUCAAUAAUUUAUUGGGGUUGAAGACCCUUUACCUUUCAGAUAACAAGUUUAACGGAGAUAUUCCUGCUCAGGCUUUUCAAGAUAUGAAAUGGUUGAAGAAAAUUCAUUUAUCUAACAACCAAUUUACAGGUUCUAUUCCAACUUCCCUCACAUCCACGCCUAGACUUGUGGAAUUGAGGUUGGAGGGAAACAAUUUCACUGGCUCCAUUCCCAAUUUUCAACAUGCAUUCAAAUCAUUUAGUGUAGCUAAUAAUCAAUUAGAGGGAGAAAUACCAAACAACCUCCGUAACAUGCCAGCUUCAGCUUUCUCUGGUAAUGAAGAAUUAUGUGGAGCACCGUUGGGAGCAUGUUCCACCAAAAAGAAAUCACCUAUGAGAAUUAUUGUGGUUGUGGUUCUUGUUAUUGUUGCUCUGGUUGUGAUUGGAGCAGUAGCAUUGUUCAUCCUUCGCAAAAGAAGAGAACAAGAGCCAACAGAGUCUACAGAAAAUCCAUCAUCAACGUCCCAAAAGAAAGCUAAAAGUAGGGAAGCAUCAGAUGAAGGAAGUCAUAGGUCCCGAGCCUCGAGCCACGGCAGCAAAAGAGACAUGAAAUUAUCAUUUGUGCGGGAUGACACAGAGCAUUUUGAUUUGCAUGAACUUUUGAGAGCCUCAGCUGAGAUACUGGGUAGUGGUUGUUACAGCUCUUCCUACAAGGCUGCUUUGCCAAAUGGAUCAGUGUUGGUGGUAAAGCGAUUCAAGCAAAUGAACAAUGUGGGGAAGGAAGAGUUUCACGAGCAUAUGCGACGGAUUGGAAGGCUAAAUCAUCCUAAUUUGCUUCCUCUCAUUGCCUACUACUACAGAAAGGAGGAGAAACUCUUGGUUACCAACUUUAUGCACAAUGGCAGCUUGGCUGUUCGCCUCCACGGAAACCAAUCUUUAGAACAACCAUGUCUAGACUGGGGAAGUCGGUUGAAAAUAGUGAAAGGCGUUGCAAAAGGACUUGAAUAUCUUUACGUGGAGAUGCCAAGCCUAAUUGCGCCACAUGGACAUCUAAAGUCCGCCAACGUUCUUCUGAAUGAAUCUUUGGAGCCCAUUCUCACGGACUAUGGGUUGGUACCAGUGAUAAAUCAAGACCUUGCACCUGACAUCAUUGUGAUGUACAAGUCUCCAGAGUAUUUGCAGCAUGGCCGCAUUACGAAGAAAACCGAUGUGUGGUGUCUUGGGAUACUUAUUUUGGAGAUUCUAACAGGAAACCUCCCCACAAACUUUAUACAAGGUAAAGGAAGUGAAUGGAGUUUGGUAAAUUGGGUUCACUCAAUUGUCCCAGAAGAUUGGAGUAAAGAGGUGUUCGAUAAGAACAUGUACGUAGCCAAAAACAGUGAAGGGGAGAUGAUAAAGCUUUUGAAGAUUGCAUUGACUUGUUGUGAAGGGGAUGUGGACAAGAGAUGGGACUUAAAAGAAGCUGUCAAUAGAAUUUAUGAAGUAAAGGAAAGAGAUUAUGAUGAGGAGGAUAACUCCCGUUCUCCUUCUGAUGCAAGUGAAGUUGAUAUCAAGAAGGCUCACUCAAGUGAGUCAUACUGGAGAAGAUACCCUGCACCCAACUGUAUCUUCCCCAAACCAAGGGGUUUGGAACCUAACAACGAAGUGCAAACCAAUCUGCAACAGCAUUUUCCCACUGAGUUCAUGCACCAGAUCCCUUGA